GCGCGGGUCCGGUCCCGGCUUUUCCCGGGAUCCGCACCGCCCCGCCAUGGACGGGCUCCGGAACAGCGCCGCGCUGCUGUCGAGGCGCGGGCGGGGGAGGCGCCGGCGGCAGCCGCAGCUCCGCGGCGGCUCGGUCUUGGCCCUGGCCCUGCGGCCCCGCAAGAUCCGCAGGCCCCGGAGAAGCGCGGCGUCCCGCGUGGCCGCGCUGAGGGCUCGCGCGCUGCCCAGCGAGGCCUCGGACGCCAAGGUGGAGCCGGCCGCGGGCGAGCGGGAGACCUCGCGGUCGGCAGAGCCGCCGCGGCCGGUGCCGGUGCCGGUGCGCCCGGGGCCGGCUUCGGCGGCCGCCCCGCCGCGCCGCGUGGAGGGGCGGCGCGUCCGCGCUCCUGCCCCGUCCGCCGCCGGCCCCCCGGAGCGGCCCUGGGACUCGCCGCUGCAGCAGGUGCUGGCGGAGCUGAACGGCAUCCCCAGCAGCCGGAGGCGCGCCGCCCGCCUCUUCGAGUGGCUCCUGGCGCCCAUGCCUCCCGACCACUUCUACCGGCGCCUCUGGGAGCGGGAGGCGGUGCUGGUGCGGCGGCAGGACCCCAGCUACUACGAGGGCCUCUUCUCCACGGCCGACCUGGACUCGAUGCUGCGCUCCGAGGACGUGCACUUCGGGCAGCACCUGGACGCCGCGCGCUACGUCGGCGGGAGGCGGGAGACCUUGAACCCCCCGGGCCGCGCCCUCCCCGCCGCCGCCUGGUCCCUGUACCGGGCCGGCUGCUCCUUGCGCCUUCUCUGCCCGCAAGCUUUCUCGCCCACCGUGUGGCAGUUUCUGGCUGUGCUCCAGGAACAGUUUGGAAGCAUGGCGGGCUCCAACGUGUACCUCACGCCCCCCAACUCACAGGGCUUUGCUCCCCACUACGACGACAUCGAGGCUUUCGUGCUGCAGCUGGAAGGUCGCAAACUCUGGCGAGUCUACCGACCGCGGGACCCCAGCGAGGAGCUCGCCCUGACAUCUAGCCCCAACUUCAGCCAGGAGGACCUGGGUGAGCCGGUGUUGCAGACCGUGCUGGAGCCUGGAGACCUGCUGUAUUUCCCUCGGGGCUUCAUUCAUCAAGCUGAAUGUCAGGAUGGAGUCCACUCUCUGCACCUCACCUUGUCCACGUACCAGCGCAAUACGUGGGGCGACUUCCUGGAGGCCGUGCUGCCCUUGGCCGUGCAAGCAGCAGUAGAAGAAAAUGUGGAGUUUCGCAGGGGUCUGCCUCGAGACUUCAUGGAUUACAUGGGGGCCCAGCAUUCAGACUCGAAGGAUCCGCGAAGAACAGCUUUCAUGGAAAAGGUGCGGGUCUUGGUUGCCCGCCUGGGACACUUCGCGCCUGUUGAUGCUGUGGCUGACCAGAGAGCCAAAGACUUCAUCCACGAUUCCCUGCCCCCGGUGUUGACUGAUAGGGAAAGGGCACUGAGUGUCCAUGGGCUCCCGGUUCGCUGGGAGGCUGGAGAACCUGUUAAUGUGGGGGCCCAGUUGACAACAGAAACAGAAGUCCAUAUGCUUCAGGACGGCAUAGCUCGGCUGGUGGGCGAGGGCGGCCGUUUGUUCCUCUAUUACACGGUGGAAAACUCGCGCGUGUAUCAUCUGGAGGAACCCAAGUGCCUGGAAAUCUGCCCUCAGCAGGCGGACGCCAUGGAACUCUUGCUUCGCUCCUACCCGGAGUUUGUGAGAGUAGGGGACCUGCCCUGUGACAGCGUGGAAGACCAGCUUUCCUUGGCAGCCAUGUUGUAUGAUAAGGGGCUGCUGCUCACCAAGACGCCUCUGGUUCCCAGUUAGUCUCUUGAGGAUGGCUGCAAAGGGCGCGGUCGUGGUGCUCCGCUAACACUGCCACCUUUUUUUUAUUUUUUUCUCCCCUUAAAAGAAGUCAUGUUCUUACCUUGCUAAGCGUCAGUGUGGUUAUGUUUACCUUUAUGGCUGUUUGAGUGUCACAGAGCUCAGACUUCCUUCUGGGAGGAAUCUCUUCAUCUAGGUGCAAAAGGAAACAGAAAUUGGAGCAGAGGAGGUUAAGCUGUUUCUGCAGAAGUAACAACCCCUAUCUGAGAGCACCAGCUGCAUUCCCUGCAGGCUUCAGUGUAUGGUGUGGCCUUGGCCGUGCGGUUCUGCUUGAGACAUGAGGGAUUUUUAUAUGGAAGUUGCUUCUUUGUGUUCUUUCUUCAGUUUGUGCUUCGGGUUGGGGUCAGUAUGCUGUGUGUUAAGUUUGUAUGAACAUUAGAAGAUUUAUUAAAAAGUGCCAAAGACCGUUUCUCUUUUCUAAGCCUAGAUUUUUUUUGGGUUGGUUUGAAAACAGACAAGGAAGAAGAUAAGGAAGAUGUGGUUGAGAUGAAAGGCAACAUGAUGUAUGAUAUCAGAGGAGUCUGUUAACUUUUAAAGGCGAGGGCUGGGCAGAGCAAGGGUAUGCCUGGCAUGCACAAUGCCUUGGGUUCAUUCCCUGCACCACACUCACUAAAGAAGAGAAGCCUGUCUGGUUGGGGCCAUUUGUUAGCUUUGGAGGUAACUUACUCAUUUGAGUUAAUCUACUUGAACUCCAAACAGGACAAUCCUAACAGAGAAGCUUCCAAUACCAGAGUCAGCUUUGAAGUAUAUACAUUGUAUUUGCUCAGUGCUUGGUGUAAAUCUGAUUGGCUAGCACGGCUCCCAAAAGGACAGUGUCAUGUCACCUGGCUAUGUGUUGAUAGGCUUUAGUCAUCCAACUCUUAGCGAGCUGGCCACAGGGAAGAUUGGUGUUCAAGUUACUUUCCACUCAUUUGUUUUCCCCUAGCAGUUGGAUGAAACUUCCCCAAAUCUGGCAAGUGCAUAUUCUCAUGAUUGGUGGAAGAGAGCCUGGUGCACCAGAAAGAGCACUUGGAACCAGAAGACCCGGGUUUGGGGUGGUGGCUGGUAGGCAACCGGCCGAAUGACCCGAGGCUGCUGCUUACAGAUGUUACUGCUCAUCCCACGUUCCCACAGAAUCAUGGGUGUACCGUGCACAGCAGAGAUACUGACGCUCUCUUCGGGUCCAUCAGAUAAGAUGACAACAUGCCUUGGCUUACCAUCUUGUCACGGAUCUGCAGGGCACCUGCUGCCGAACAAGCUGCCUGUCGAAUUGAUAUGAACUCAUCAGAGAAGCAGUUCAGGAAGCUUGGGAGAAGCUUGGCUGUCAUGACCUUGAGCACACGGAUCAGGGAGAGGGCCUCGAUCCGAUCCUGGAAAUUUCCUUGACUCAGCUUAAUCCUGUAAGAUACAAGUGGCUUUUAUUUCCCUUAAACUUUUCUGUACCUUGUUCUCUUCCACCUCAGGAAAGAAUUCUAGCUUUGUGGGCCCAGUUACAUAGACAUACCUUUUCCUAGUCAGUUUAUAAUCAUUAAAGAGUCACUGGUUUCAGA